AAUUUGUACAUCAGUGAGAGAAGAGUUUAUUUGCCAUCUGUAACUAGGUUUUCGUUUAUAGUAUCAAAACUUUUUGAAGAACAGAUUUGAGGGCAAAGAAAUUGAUGGGCUGAAUGCAGUUAAGAACUUUCCAUCGCAGCAAUCCCUAAUUCUGUCCAUGCAGAGAGGCUGAUUCCCACCUACAACAAGAUAGAAGCAGGUGGGAAGAGCAGCAUAGCUCCAGAAAACUUAUCAAAUAGAUAAAUAUUGCAAUUAAUAUGCUUGAUCUCUCAAGUUUCGAGUUCCGGGAAAAGCUGCAAAGAUAUGGUUCCAAAAAACCAAAAAUAGCAAAGUCUGGGAAGCAAGGCUGAUUUAAGGGAGUUUUUUAAGGUGAGAGGGAAAAAAUAACUUUGACAGAGAUCCGAACAAACCAUGUAAAAGAGUUUCUUUUCGAUAACUUUUUGCUCACAUAUUAAGACAUCGCUAUAUGUAGCUAAUCUUCUUAUUAACACAAUCCAUACAAUGUAAAGAAUCAGCUUUUGCUACUUAUAGUUCAUUCAUUUAAGAAUUUGCCUUAUUAGGACAGACAGGCUAUUUGCACUAUGAUGGCAGUUUCUAUAUUUGCCACCCCCAUGAUGCCAAUCCCAGCAAAGUACCACGCCCAAUUUUUAUAAAAAAUGUGGAUCUGUAAGAAUUUCUUGUUUUAGACCCUGGGUUGUUUAUUUAUGAAACUUACAAGGCCCACUCAGACAAGGGGAGGUAUUAUAUAUAACUUAUUGAUGUGCAUGGCAACCUUAUUGCAGUGCAUAGCAAACUGAGGGUACCCGUCAUUAUUCGUUUGGUUUUUUUUAUUGGUAACGAUUGUUGUUGUAAUCGAAAUCUAUCUAAAUUGAUCGAUAUAAACAACUGGUUAUUGUUUGGUUAUUACACUGGAGUCGCAGCACUGCCAGACAUAAAGGUGUAGCGGAGCGUAAAUUUGCGCAAUGCUGGGCUCCCGCGCGGUAUCACUAGAAUCACUUGUUUUGAAUCAGUAUUUUUUCUGAAAAUGACUGUUCUUGGAACACAGCCUUAUUCAUGUCGGGUCUAGAGAAUAACUUCUACUGAAAAAAAACCUUCACUACUUUUUGUUUUAAGACAAACAUUUCCAACAUUUAUAUGAAAAAACUUUUUUAAGCAUGAUUUCAGACACUGUUUUCCCGGAAAUCGUCAACGAAGAUUUUCUGACACGUCGCGCCGUUCAUUGGUUUAUCGAAACAAAGAGCACAGGUGAGUUUUCAUUUCGUAACAAAGGAUAUCUUUCCUUUGCUAUUGGUCUACUGUACUUGUCUGUCACGCUUCUCUAAAUUCGAGGACUCACAUGAUUCUCUAAUUCAACAAACAAUUGACAAUGAACUUAUCUGCCCCUUCUGAGUGUCUUCCUCUGUCUUAAAGCAUACGACAUAAGGCAAGCAGCAACAGUCAUGUCGAAUAUUGCAGUAAAACCUUUUUCAGAACAUGAAACCAAUCGACUUAAGCAAGCAUAUAGAGAAUCGUUCGAUAAGCAUGGGCUCCGUUACCUACGAACGCAACCAGGUAAUUGCGUACUACCAACUGCCUAUGAGAGAUUCAAGGCUCACUUUGCGACAUUCAAUCUUCGGAAAGACGAUGUGUAUAUCAGGACAUUUCCCAAAAACGGUACAACGUGGACUGCAGAGCUUGUCUGGAACGUAAUGAAUAACGUAGACCUCGAUAAAGCAAAAGCCAUCAGUCUGCUGAAACGAGUACCCUUCAUUGAGUCGCCAGUCCUUCAAGAUGCAGUAAAUGACGCCCUUCCACCCUCAGACAUCCACGAAAUUAAAUUGAUGGAAACGAUGCAAUCGCCAAGAAUCCUCAAAACUCACCUACCCCUCUACCUUCUGCCAACUGGUUUGCUUAACGAAUGCAAAGUCGUGUCCUGCUUACGAAACCCCAAGGACAGCAUCGUUUCUUUCUACCACCAUGAAAAAUUGUUCGUAUCUCAUGGUUACACUGGCGACUUUGCAACCUACUUUGAUCUCUUUAUGGAUGAGAUGAUACUGUACAGUCCUUACUUUAAUUAUAUUGUUGAUAUGUGGGAGAAACGACAUCACCCAAAUAUGUGCAUACUGUUCUUCGAAGAUAUGAAAGAAGAUCUGGCUGGAACAAUCAAUAAAGUAUCGACAUUUCUUGAAAGAAACCUCACGAAUAAGCAGAGCUUACAACUGGAGGAUCAUUUGAGCUUCAGAAAGAUGAAAAACAACAAUGCAGUAAAUUUCUCGCAGCACCGAGAAAUAGUUUCUACAAAAACAAACGCAGAAGAAAAGUGCUUUAUGCGCAAAGGACAAGUUGGAGAUUGGAAAAAUUACUUCACUCCUGAGAUGAAUAAACGGAUGGAUGAAGCUAUUGAAAAGCAUUUCACGCCAAUCGGACUUCACUUUCGGUACGAAUGAAAUAAACUUUUGCUCAACAAGAACAAUAGUGUUACUCUUAGGUGCCAAAUAGA